AAUAAAAAUGGAAGCACUUCCAAUGGAGUCGAACCCCGAUACCAUGAACAAGUACUUACAAAAGUUAGGGGUACCCGAUAACUGGCGGAUGGUGGACGUCAUAGGGCUCGAAGACGAGGCCCUGGGAUGGGUGCCGCGACCUGUUCUUGCCGUGGUCCUGCUGUUCCCGCUCUCGGAAGCUUACGAAGUGCACCGCACUAUAGAAGAAUCCCAGUUGCGAACCACGGCCGAAGAGCCUCCUAAAAACGUCUUCCAUCUUAAACAAGUCCUAAGUAACGUGUGCGGCACCAUUGCGCUCGUACACAGUAUCGCCAACAACGUCCAUAAUAUACAACUCGCUGAUGGGCUUCUGAAGAAUUACAUUGAUGAAGCCCAAGACCUGAACUCCGCGGCCAAAGGAGAGCUUCUAGAAAGAUCUACUGCGAUCCUAGAGGCUUACAAACAAUUAGUCCGCACCUCUAGCCACGAAGCUGGGCAAACCGAAGAACCUGUGAACUACCACUUCGUCACCUUCAUUCAUAAGGACGGCCAUCUGUACGAGUUGGACGGGCGUAAGGACCAGCCUAUCGACCAUGGACCCACCACUCCAGAAAGGGUCUUGGAGGACGCCGCUAAGGUUUGCCGUGAAUUUAUCGAAAGAGAACCAGACAACAUUGGUUUCAAUGUUGUGGCUCUAGUACCGGCUCAGUAAUACCUACCACUUAUUUGUUAAUUAAACACUUAUUUUUC